AAAAAGUCAAAAUUCAUUAUACAUCAGAGGGCUCACACAGGAGAGAAACCUUAUGUGUGUAAUGUAUGUGGCAAAUCCUUCAGCCAAAAGGGAACCCUCACUGUACAUCGGAGAUCACACUUAGAGGAGAAACCCUAUAAAUGUAACGAAUGUGGGAAAACCUUCUGUCAGAAGUUACAUCUCACUCAACAUUUGAGAACUCAUUCAGGAGAAAAACCCUAUGAAUGUAGUGAAUGUGGCAAAACCUUCUGCCAAAAGACGCACCUCACGCUCCACCAGAGAAAUCAUUCAGGGGAGAGACCCUAUCCGUGCAAUGAGUGUGGGAAAUCCUUCUCCCGCAAGUCAGCCCUCAGUGACCAUCAGAGAACACACACAGGAGAGAAACUCUAUAAAUGUAAUGAAUGUGGAAAGUCCUACUACCGAAAAUCUACCCUGAUUACACAUCAGAGAACACACACAGGAGAGAAACCUUAUCAAUGUAGUGAGUGUGGAAAAUUCUUUUCUCGAGUGUCAUACCUCACUAUACAUUAUAGAAGCCAUUUAGAAGAGAAACCCUAUGAGUGUAAUGAGUGUGGCAAAACCUUCAAUUUGAAUUCAGCCUUCAUUAGACAUCGGAAAGUACACACGGAUGAGAAACCCCUUGAAUGUAGUGAAUGUGGAAAGUUUUCUCAAUUCUCAUAUCUUAAUGACCAUCAUACAACUCCUUUAGGAGAGAAACCCUAUCAAUGUAAUGAAUGUGGGAAAACUUUCCUUGAAAAUUCAGCCUUUGACGGACACCAGUCAAUUCCAGAAGGAGAGAAAUCCUAUGAAUGUAAUAUAUGUGGGAAAUUGUUCUCCGAUUUAUCAUACUACACUGUACAUUAUAGAAGUCAUUCAGAAGAGAAGCCCUAUGGAUGUAGCGAAUGUGGGAAAACCUUCUCCCAUAAUUCAUCCCUCUUUAGACACCAGAGAGUACACACAGGAGAGAAGCCCUAUGAGUGUUAUGAAUGUGGAAAGUUCUUUUCUCAGAAGUCGUAUCUCACCAUACAUCAUAGAAUUCAUUCAGGAGAGAAGCCUUACGAAUGUAGUAAAUGUGGAAAAGUCUUCUCUCGGAUGUCAAACCUCACUGUACAUUAUAGAAGCCAUUCAGGAGAGAAACCCUAUGAAUGUAAU